GAAAAAGCCUGGACGAGUACCCAAAACCUGAGAUGCCAAGUGAGAAUGGUUUGUUAGAAGUGCUGGACUCUCUGGUGCUUCUCUACCAUAUAGCAGCUCACAAACAGCUGGGAAAGCUGACAGAGGUAAAAGAACAUUUGAGCAAUGCCAGGAGUGUGUUUGAGGAGAAAAUUAUCGAGCAAGCCCGGCAGAUGGUGUGGAUUGCCAAGGUCAUUUACUCCUCA